AUGCGGGCGCCGAGCAGCGGCCCGUCACGCGCCUUUCGGAGGGUGGGGGGUGCUCCCGGGGCCGACGAAGGGACGCGGGCCGCCCCGGUCCGUCCUCCUCCGGGCCAGGGCCCGGCGCCGCCGCCAGCGGCUUACGGGACGACGUGUGCCCCAACCCCGCCACCCCGGGGCCCUGGAGACGCGUCGCCCCCCAAACUCAAACCGGCCGGGGCCUCGUUUCUAUGGCGACCGCGGCUCAGGCUGGUUCUCCCCGCUCGGUCCACAGUAAGACAAGACCCGCUUCGAGCGGGUGCCGGAAGUGGAGGCCACACGGCCCGGUCCUGA